GAUUAUAUGCAAAUAUACAGAGGAGGAAGAAAGACUCGUAGAGGAAAAGAUCGAUCAUCAUAGUUAUGGCUACUCAGUUGAUGGAGAAUGAAGCUUUGGCAACAUCAGCAAAAUAUGCACCAGUCACUUAUGAGAGGAGGGUCAGAGGGGACUUGGAAACCACACUUCCAAAACCAUAUCUUUCGAGAGCCCUGGCUGCUCCAGACACAAACCAUCCCAUGGGAACACCUGGACAUCACAGCCGCAACUUGAGUGUUCUUCAGCAACAUGUUGCAUUUUUUGACCAGGACGAAAAUGGGAUUGUCUACCCUUGGGAAACUUUUGUUGGAUGUCGAGCUCUUGGCUUCAACACAAUCGCAUCUCUUAUCCUGGCUGUUGUCAUCAAUGGGGCACUGAGUUAUCCUACUCUUCCUGGGUGGUUUCCUUCUCCGUUCUUGCCCAUAUACCUUCUAAACAUUCACAAGGCUAAGCAUGGUAGUGAUACUGGAACAUAUGACACAGAGGGAAGGUUUUCGCCAGCAAAUAUUGAACAAAUGUUUAGCAAGUAUGCUCGUACAGAACCUGACAAGUUCACUCUGGGAGAAAUUUGGGACAUGACCGAGGGAAACAGAGUUUCAUUCGACUUCUUUGGAUGGUUUGCAAGUAAGCUGGAAUGGGGACUUCUGUACGUUCUUGCAAGGGAUGAGGAGGGCUUCCUGUCUAAAGAAGCUGUGAGACGCUGCUUCGAUGGAAGCUUAUUCGAGUAUAUCGCCAAGAUGAAUGCAAGAGCUGAAGCUAAGAUGGCCUAAAGAAUAUAUUGCACUACUUGAGUUUAUGUAUAUAUUCUGUGUUUUGGAGAUGUUAGAGCUGUAAUAAAUUGAGGUCUUUCAGCACAUAAUGCUAAUGACCAUCAGUUCAUGUUUCAUAAAUAUACUUGCUUCCAGUUUCAAACAACGGCAGUAGAUAAAUGUAACUUUUCGUUUCUUUUUCACUUCAAGGAAAUUGAAUCUGGAUGAACAUUACAAAUGGAGGAAGAAAUAACUAAAUUCUGGAAGGUUCCUCAAG